UGAGGAAUCAAAGGAGAACCACCAUAAUGCAGCUUACCUUUCACCUGGAAAGGUGAAUAUAAAUUUACAAAGAGAUGGCUGACAAAAGUGGGAAAAUUCUUUCAGGGCCGUUAUACAUUGAAGUUGAAUAUGACUACGAGUAUGAAGCAAAGGACAAAAGGAUUGUGAUAAAACAAGGGGAGAGAUACAUCUUGUUGAAGAAGACAAAUGACGACUGGUGGCAAGUCAAAAAGGAUGAGAAUUCCAAGCCUUUUUAUGUACCUGCACAGUAUGUGAAGGAAGUGACUCGCAAAGCACUUAUGCCACCUGUUAAACAAUUGGGUGGACAGCCAAACAGCUCCCUCAAACUUAUGCAUGGCUUACAGAAAUCUACAGAAAAUGUGAAUAAGUCUCCAGAGCUUUCUAGUUUUGGGAAAUCAUCUCCAAUUCAAGUGUCUGGCCUAGUUCGGGAUGCCAAUCAGAAUCUGGGACCAAACAGUAGCCCAGGUCAGACUUUUGGACUGAGCUUGGACCUUGCCCAAAAUAAUGGAAAACUGAAUGAAUUACAUUUCCCUAAAGUUUCCACUCAGAGCAGAGCCUUCUCUUUUUCCUAUUUUCCUUGUUCUGAUUGUGUGGAAAUAGAAAAGACCAGCUUUUUGCAAGAGCAGGCCUGUGACUCAGCAGGAGAAGGUUCAGAAAAAAUCCACCAGGAUUCAGAAUCUGGAGACGAGCUCAGUAGCAGUUCUACAGAACAAGUGCAGCCAACUACUCCACCAAGCCAAGGAAGGCCAGACUCACCAGUUUAUGCUAACUUGCAAGAACUAAAAAUAUCUCAAUCUGCACUCCCACCUAUACCUACAACCCUUCCAAUUCAAAUCAAUGGAGAGUGGGAAACCCACAAAGAUGCUACGGGACGCUGUUACUAUUACAACAAGGGAACACAAGAGAGAACCUGGAAACCGCCACGUUUGACUAGGGAUCCAAGCAUCAGUCGAGGAGACUCUCUGAAUCAGAUUGAUCAAGAGACUCUGUCAUCUCAAGAAAACUGCCACAGUUCUUGUAGCAGCCAGUCAGAUAGUCAGUAUGGCUCUCCUCCCAAAGGGUGGUCAGAAGAAUUGGAUGAACAUGGCCAAAUGCUAUAUACCAGUGACUAUACUAAUGAAAAGUGGAUAAAACAUGUUGACGAACAAGGUCGAUCAUAUUAUUACAAUGCAGAUGGAUCACGAUCAGAAUGGGCCCUGCCAAAAUAUAAUGCUUCUCCGCAACAGCAAAGGGAGAUCAUUAAAAGCAGGAGCCUAGACCGGCGGCUACAGGAACCAAUUGUGUUAACCAAGUGGAGGCACAGUUCCAUUAUGUUAGAUACCAAUGACAAGGAUCCUUCGUCUCCAGUCGCUUCAAAGACCACUUUUCCUGACAGUGAGUCGUCCUCCCCUUCCUCGCCAAAGCAUCAAGCCACAGGCCAAGAGAAAUACGGAUUAUUAAAUGUCACAAAAAUAACAGAAAAUGGGAAAAAAGUUCGGCAAAAUUGGAUGUCAUCAUGGGCUGUAUUGCAAGGUUCAUCUCUAUUGUUUACCAAGACUCAGGGAGGUGGAACCAGCUGGAAGUUCGGAAACCAAUCUAAGCCAGAAUUCACAGUUGAUCUCAGGGGUGCUUUUGUUGACUGGGCUUCAAAGGAGAAAUCCAGCAAGAAGAAUGUGAUUGAGCUGAAAACACGACAAGGAACGGAAUUGUUAAUUCAAUCUGAUAAUGACAUUUCUAUUAAUGAAUGGCUUAAAGUACUUAAUUAUACUAUCAACAACCAGGCGAUGGAAUCUGACGAAGCAUUGGAUGACGAAGUGCCAGACUCUCCUGGGGUGGAAAAACAAGACAAAGAAAAGGACCAUAAAGACUCCAAAAAGCUUCGCUCAAUAAAAUUGUCUGGCAGCAUUGAUUCUUCAGAGCAAAAGAAAACGAAAACGAAACUGAAGAAAUUUUUGACCCGCAGACCCACAUUACAAGCUGUCCGCGAGAAAGGCUACAUCAAAGAUCAAGUGUUUGGUUGCAAUUUAUCCAGCUUGUGUCAAAGAGAAAACAGUACUGUGCCAAAAUUUGUGAAGUUGUGUAUUGAUCAUGUUGAAGAACACGGAUUGGAUGUCGAUGGGUUGUACAGAGUUAGCGGCAAUCUUGCGGUAAUACAGAAGCUAAGGUUUGCAGUUAAUCAUGAUGAAAAACUGGACUUGAAUGACAGUAAAUGGGAAGAUAUCCAUGUCAUCACAGGAGCUCUGAAGAUGUUUUUUAGAGAACUGCCAGAACCACUAUUCACUUAUAAUCAUUUCAAUGAUUUUGUCAAUGCAAUCAAACAAGAGCCCAGACAGCGUGUCCCUGCUGUACGAGAGCUGAUUAAACAGUUGCCAAAGCCAAAUCAAGAUACCAUGCAGGUGCUCUUCAGGCACUUGAAAAGAAUUGUGGAAAACGGAGAGAAGAACCGAAUGACCUAUCAAAGCAUAGCCAUAGUCUUUGGUCCGACUCUGUUAAAGCCAGAAAAAGAGACUUGUAACAUAGCGGUUCACACUGUGUAUCAGAACCAGAUUGUGGAGUUAAUUCUACUGGAAUUGAACUCAAUCUUUGGACGCUGAAUUUCUCCAAACGAAGCUAGCUUUAACGGAAGAAUGCCUGGGCUACAGCAGAAGCGGCAUCUCUUUUUG